GAGGGAAUGGGGAGGGGGUGUCUGGUCACACCGUGACGUAAUUUCGCCGUGCGACAACGUUUGACGUCAGUGACACACGCAAUAAGUACACGCCGUCAGAAACAAACGUCAUGACAUGGCAGUCGUGUCCUGACUUUCACUCCAGGGCUUGUCACUAUGGCCGUCUGCACUCACAUCCAGUGCAAUGGAGGAAUCGAAUAAGGUGCUUGCAGUCAAGAACGACCCCUCAAACGACGCACAGAGCGGCACUCCGAUAGACGAACCCAAGACAGAAUGCCCAUACCCCAGAGUCACGCAGAGUAAAAAUGACAGCACUGUGGAUGUGUCGUCAUCGUUGUACGGCCAGUCACAGUCUUCUCACGAGCUGGUGCGCUAUGUCGUGUCCGACAUGCUGGGCAAAGGUCACUACGGCUCGGUGUUUCUGGCGGUGCACGAGGCCACCAGCGCCAGGUUCGCCCUCAAGAUCCUGAGGAAGAACUUCCGCAAUGUGCAGAAGUACGCCUACGUGGAGGAAGGGGUGCUGAGAAUAGGGAGGAACUGUCCCUUCAUUAUCCGUCUCUUCAACAGCUUCCAGACAGACAAUGCCUAUUAUCUUGUCAUGGAGUAUGCUUCGGGAGGAAAUCUCAAAGAAGUCCUCGAGAAAUAUGGACUUUUGUCGGUUGAUGUAGCGAGGUAUCUAGCAGCGGAGAUGGUGCUGGCCCUGCAGUUCCUGCACGAGAACGGAGUGAUCCACAGGGAUCUCAAGAUCCAGAACGUGUUGCUGUCCAGUCAGAAUCACGUGCGUCUCAUCGACUUUGGCCUCAGCAAGCUGGGCAUCUACAGCGGUGACGUCACCGGCAGUGGGUGUGGCACACCCUUCUACAUGGCGCCUGAGAUACUGCGGCGGAUACCAUACAGUCACCAGGUGGACUGGUGGGCGAUGGGCGUCUUGCUGUACAAGAUCAUUACAGGCUCCUUUCCUUUUAUGGGCAAGACGAACCCCGAGGUGUUUGUGGCCGUCACACAUGACAAUGUUUACUACGACAGCUGGCUCCCCUCGGACCUGGUGCUCUUCCUGAAAGGAUUGCUGACCAAGAACCCAGCAAAGCGACUUGGCAAGACGGAGCUGGCUGGCAAGGACAUCAGGUCUCACAGCUUUUUCAGGCUCAUUGACUGGGGACUGGUCAGCUCCCAGAAAUACGAGCUGCCCCUGCUGGACUUGUCGUUAGAUACAAGUGAGCUCUCCCUCCUAUCUAAUGAUCGUCUGCUAACGUCUGCCAUUCCUAGUGGUUCGAAGCCAAAGUCGAAGCAGCACGUGUCCCGCCGACUGUCGGUGUCGGAGGAUGUCGUGACGAAGGAGAACAAACACUCUGAACGGCUGCCUCCUGUGACAACAUCGGCCAACCGGUCUUGGUGUCCACCUACUGUCCGCCCUGAUGCCCAGACCCUGUCCACCCCGCUCGGACUCUACUCCAUUGAACCUGGCAAGAGCUGCUUGUCGGACAACGAGAGUGUGACUAGAGAGAGGGAGGAAGGCCUGAAUGCCAAAUACCCGUAUCUCACAUCCGAAAACCAGGUGGGGCAGGACGACAAUGGGAAGCUCUCCGAGUUUACUCUUGCACAGAAGCGAGCGGGUGGAAACACUGACCCUGGCUCUUAGCACUUGAUUCCUCCCCUGGCAGACCAAGCACCGGUGUGGACUGGACAAACUACUGACCUCCGAGUUGACCUCAAGACCGGCCUUGAGCCUGGCACAGCGCCGUCUGCAAUGUCACGUGAUCACCAAGGCUCCACGCGGCCAAUGACAGGGAGAACGUUGAUGAGAGAUGACAGGAGAUGACGGAUUCAUUCAUUAGUCAAUCUCUUGUCGCAGCUUGCAGUUUCUGUGUUCUCUCUAUGCUAUCAAGGCGAUCGGACUUCUGUGUCUAAAUUUUAUUGUGAAAUUUUGCAGAAGUAAAUUUAUUCGGCCUCCUC